CCUUCCAUCUUCCCUACUCCUCGCCGCCAUUAAAGCUCCUCUCUCUCUCUCUCUGCAUAAAAAACCUGCCAUGAUUAUCUAAACUCCAUCCACCGACUUUUGACUCCAAACCCACUUUACAUCACUCCACCAUGGGCUGCUUUACUGCUUGCUUCCGCCGCCAUUCAAAGCACAAGAGGAUCAUCACCUCUCACAAUAAUAAUAAUAAUAAUGCUCCCUCCAGAAAUCAGUGUCUUCAGAGUCUGCUGCAUAGCCAUGAUGAUGAUGAUGUGAGUGAAGCUAUCAUAAAAGAAGCUCACACUGUGGAUUCUAUCAAGCCCAUUGCUAUUUCAAAGGAUGAGGAGGAAGAAGAGCUGAAUAGGAGCAGCAGGAAGAAGGUUACAUUUGAUCUGAGUGUUAAAACCUAUGAGGAGUGUUCAAACCAGGAAGAACAGAAGAAAGGGGAAAAUGAGGCAGAGAAAAGUUUGGCAUCAUAUCCUCUGAAUCACAGGUACCAAAACUGCAGCACAAAUGGUGAAGAAGAAGAGGAUCUGGGGUUAGAAGAUGAUGGAUGGGUCCAAGAAGAGUCUUCUGAGUCACUGUUCUCUCUGUCAAUAGAGUCCAGGAAGAGUGUUUCUCAGCCUGAAAUGCCUGACAAGGAAGAAGUCAGCAGCAGCCCUCUGAAUCCCUUCCAAAAGGAUCCAAAAACCAUUUCUGGGUUGAAUCAAUUUGCUCAAUCUGUGUUGAAUCCCAUUGAAAAUAUGAGCCACUGGAAAACAGCAAAACCCAAGACCCCAUUGCAGCAACAGCAGCAGGAGGGUGAAGAAAAGGAGAACCAGAAUCUUGAUUGGAAGAGCAAAGAGAGAGAAAUUAUUGCAGUGGAUACUAGCCUUUCUAGCUGGUUAGUAGGGAGUGAGAAGAAGAAGACACCAAACUCUAAAAACAGUCCAGAAUCUGUUGGCAACUCCCCUUCAGAUCAGAGAAGAAAUUCUGCAGAGGACAAGCCUGUUUUGGGAGAUUGGAGCCAUCAAGAACUCAAGGCUGUAUCCAAAUCUUCAUCUCCUAGAUGCAGCUCAGAUGAGAUCCCCAUUUUAGGAACUGUGGGGAGUUACUGGAAGCACACAGGGCAGGCUACAGACUCAGAUUCUGGGUCAUCUUGCAGGGGAGUUUCAGGUGAAUCAAAGGGAAGAAGAAAUAUAAACCAAAUCCCCACUCCAUUUCAGACCAGGUUAGAAAGUGUAGUCCAGGAUGCAAGAUUAAUGCAGCCUCAAAUGCUUAAAUUUCAAAAAAAUUGAAUUUUGAUCUGGUUUAAAUUUCAAGAAACAACAAUGACUAGUUGUAGUUACUAUACUAUUUAGCACAAUAAUGUAGCAUAAAAUGCUUUACUUCUUGAAUCUGUA